GUGCCAGUUUGAGGAGUCCGGAGCCGAACAAAAGCAGGCGGCGAGGGCCGGGAGCGGUGCGCGCAGGCCCGGCGGAGGGGGGGGCCCCGCUGCCGGCCGCGGAGCGGUGCGGGCCGCCAGCCAGCCCCGAGCCCGGCCUGAGGGUGGGGGGAAAGUUUGGAGCCCUCCCCCCGGAGCGCGGGGGGCUCCGCCGCGCUCCGGCCCCGGCAGCUCCGGCGCUGCCAUCGCGGGUGGCCGCCCCGCUCCGCCCCGCCGCGGCCGUUGCUGCUGCCGCCGCCUCCUCCUCCUCCUUUGCGGGAGCAGCCCCUGCCCCGCCGGCCCCUGCCCCGCCGGCCCGGCCGCUGCCUCCCCGGGCGCGGGGCUGCGCUGCCCUGCUUUUGGAGUCGCCGCCGUUUCCCCUCCCUUCCCCGGAACCCCCCCCCUUCCCUCCCUCCUCCUUCCCUCCCUCCCUUCUCCCUCCUCCCUCCUUCCCUCCUCCUCCAGCAGCCAAAGGGAUUUUUUUCCCCCGCUUUCUUUUCUCUCUCUCUCUUUUUUUUUUUUUGCAUUUUUUCCCUCCUCCUCCUCUUCUUCCUCCCCGUCGCGGAGCCGGGCGCCAGCGUGAAGGAUAAAUAAAAAGCGAAGAGGAAGAGGCUGGGGAGGAGGAGGAGGAGAACGGGGGGGAGGAGGAGGAAAGAAGAAGAAGAAAGCGAGCAAGAAAAGAAAGCGAGGAGCCAGGCGGCCAGCCCAGCCGCGCCGCUGCCGGCAGCCAGGGCAGGAGGAGGCGGCGGCGGAGCGGGGGCCGGCGAUGGAUGACCAGCCGCGGCUGAUGCACACGCACAGCGGGGUGGGGAUGCCGGGGCACCCGGGCCUGUCCCAGCACAUGCAGGAUGGACCAGGCGGGGCGGAGGGGGAGGCAGGCAGGAAGCAGGACAUCGGAGACAUCUUACAGCAGAUCAUGACCAUCACGGACCAGAGUUUGGACGAAGCGCAGGCCAGGAAACAUGCUUUAAACUGCCAUAGGAUGAAGCCAGCCCUUUUUAAUGUCUUGUGUGAAAUCAAAGAAAAAACAGUGCUGAGCAUCCGGGGGGCACAAGAAGAGGAGCCCACGGACCCCCAGCUGAUGCGGUUAGACAACAUGCUCCUGGCCGAGGGGGUAGCGGGCCCCGAAAAAGGAGGCGGCUCGGCCGCUGCUGCUGCCGCUGCCGCCGCAUCGGGAGGAGCCGGCUCCGACAACUCGGUGGAGCACUCGGACUACAGAGCCAAACUCUCCCAGAUCCGGCAGAUCUACCACACGGAGCUGGAGAAGUACGAGCAGGCAUGCAACGAAUUCACGACCCACGUGAUGAACCUGCUGCGUGAGCAGAGCCGGACCCGACCUAUCUCGCCAAAGGAGAUAGAGCGGAUGGUGAGCAUCAUCCACCGCAAGUUCAGCUCCAUCCAGAUGCAGUUGAAGCAAAGCACGUGUGAAGCCGUCAUGAUCCUGCGCUCCCGAUUUCUGGACGCACGGCGGAAGAGACGAAACUUCAACAAACAGGCUACGGAAAUCCUGAAUGAGUAUUUCUAUUCCCAUCUCAGCAACCCUUACCCCAGUGAGGAAGCCAAAGAAGAGCUAGCCAAGAAAUGCGGCAUCACAGUCUCACAGGUAUCAAACUGGUUUGGAAAUAAGAGAAUCCGGUACAAGAAGAACAUAGGUAAAUUCCAAGAAGAAGCCAAUAUUUAUGCUGCCAAAACGGCUGUCACGGCUACCAACGUGUCAGCACAUGGAAGCCAGGCUAACUCACCCUCAACUCCCAAUUCAGCUGGUUCUUCCAGUUCUUUUAACAUGUCAAACUCUGGAGAUUUGUUCAUGAGCGUGCAGUCUCUCAAUGGGGAUUCUUACCAAGGGGCCCAGGUUGGAGCCAACGUGCAGUCACAGGUGGAUACCCUUCGCCAUGUUAUCAGCCAGACAGGAGGAUACAGUGACGGACUCGCAGCAAGUCAGAUGUAUAGUCCGCAGGGCAUCAGUGCUAAUGGAGGUUGGCAAGACGCUACUACCCCGUCGUCGGUGACCUCCCCCACAGAAGGCCCUGGCAGCGUUCACUCUGAUACCUCCAACUGAUCUCCCAGCAAAUUGCAUCCCUGGCUGAGCCAGCCCCGGCGGGGGCAGGAGGGGAGGGCGCCUCUCCUAACACUGCAGCAGUCAGACUGGAGGUGAACCCAAUCAGCACACACAAGAAGACUCCUUCUCUUCUCUGCUCUUCGUCGGGAUGCUUUUUUUCAGCCAAUCUGGACACUUCUUUAUACUCUCUUCCCUUUCUUUUCUGGGUAGAAGUCGCUCUCCCCCCCGUCCCUGCCACCACCACAACACCGCUCCCAUCCCCUCAACCCCUUCCCACCGAAGGAUAUGUCAACAUGUAGAAGGAUUUUUAAGGAGGAAAAGCAAAAAUCAACCACCGCGACACAAAACAGCCCCAAAGCAGUGUACGGCCUCGCACUGGGCAUCUUUCUGAGGAGCCACAAACAUACCUCAGUCACAUCUCACCCCUUUACUCGCAGGCAGCCUCUCUCAUCUCUCACGCUACCUCUCCCUAGGGAACUGUCACCGCAGCCUCGCUGCCACGUCAUCUCCGCUGGGCCGGCCGCAGCCAGCACAUCACCUCUCCGUGCCCAGCCCUGCCUCGGUGAGCUGUCCCUCAGGCUCUGCCGGUGACAGGGCGGGUGGACACAGGCCCCUGUGCAUGUAGGAGAGGGAGCCAGCAUGCUGCCCUUCACUUCAAAAAGGUACCGGCCCAUUCCCACUCUGGGGACACUGGUGACUCCUCCUGGUCCCUGCCCUGCUCUACCGUGCAUCCCAAAGCUGCAUGAGCCGUGAAACCCCUCCGUGCUCCCUGCCCGCUGUUGGAGGGCAGGACAGGAGGGAAAGAAGGGAGGCAGAGGCAGGUGGGAACUGGCCGUCGCUGACGAUGAAGGCGCUGAGCACCUCUGCGGUGUUCUACGGGAUUGGGCAUAGAUUAAUGGGAGCCCAGCAGACCUCACAGCAGCUAGGGAGGCUGGCGGUGGAGUGUUUUUCUGGUGAGGAGAGCAUCACGGGGUGUUGACUCGUGUUUUUGGAAGCUGGAGGAGUUGUGAUCCCCAGUGCAGGCAAGACCCACCGAGGGUGGUGCCACCCGCUGCCAUCCCAAAGCCCUGCCAGGCAGUGAGGGAUGGGCAGUGGGAUCCCGGAGGCUGGAUAUGGUGGGGUGAGCACAUUGGGUGCUUUUGGUUAAUGCAACAGGUUUGCUUGAGGGUGAAGGCUCUAUGAGAUGGGUUGAUGCCCCACUCGGGGAUGUUGUUCAGCUGAAGGUGCUGGUUUUAUCCUGGGAGCAGUAUCCCAAGUCACGGGAGCACUCAUGGGAUUUUCUGCAUGGCUUUUCUAGUUCACUUUUUGGACAAGUGGUGAUGGGUGGUGCUGAAACACCCUUUCAAGCAGCUGACAACUGGGAGGACAUGGCUUUGGUUGAGGAGCAGGGUGCAGAGGGACUGGUUUGCCCCAAGCAACGGGCUGAGCUUUGUGCCUGGGCAAUACUUUUGGCCACCAGUUCUUCCAGCAGGUGCGAGGAGGCUGAGGUGGCCCACGGCAAGACCCUGGGUGUCCUGGGGACCGGGGUGAGUGCAGUGUGUCUGGCACCUUGUGAUGGACCUUAAUACCUCUUGGCAACAUCUCACACUCUUGUAUGUCCAUGCCCACUCUGCCUGUGCAGGUACCAACCAUCUGGAGAUGGGAACUGCCAGCUCAGAGCAGCGUUAAGCAGAACAAUUUAAAGUUAAAGCUCUGCCAGAAAAAUUUCCACCUUUUUGCUGUCACCUUGCAGCAUGACUCACCCGAAGUGAAGGUGAAGCCUGCCUUUCGUUGGGAAACAAGCCCAGAAGGCUCCAAAACACUUGCUCUGAAAUUUCUGACCUUAUCCUAAAUACCUAAAGUCCUCAUAUGGUGUAUUUUCUGUUUCUGAGCUGGUGGGAUCAGAGUAGGACACGAAAGGUGGAUGAGAAACAACACACGCUGCUCCAUGCUUAGUCCUUAAUUCUCCAGCGGUGAGACCCUUUCUACUCCUCCUUGUGCAUCCCUUCCUGGGGAUGGGGACGAUGCUGCAGACAUGAUGUGACACGUGCGGUCGAGGGACCCUCCCAGCUGCUCCCAGAGCAAUGAGAAGGUUGGUUCCCCGCGAGGACGGUGCUGCCCAUCUUCCCGAGCCGUGCGCCUUCCCGCUCUCCUCCUCCUCCCCCAGUGCAGCCUUCGAACCAUUUCCAGCUCCUUUUACACAAAACCGUUCCCAGGGUGGCGGAAGCAGCAGCAGUGCCAUUCCGGCGGGAACACCACCUUACCAGAACGACCCAAAACCACCCGUUCACCAGAGCCGGCCCGUGCUGGGGGCGCAUCCCCCUGCCCUGCACCCCUGCCCGGGCGGGCCCUCGCUCCUCCGCGGUCCUUUGCAAACCACCUCCUGGGUUUCCCGGUUGGUCCCUGCGGUUCGUGUUGCCGAAGCCGCUCACUUGCCUUUUCCUUUGGUUUGUUUAUUUCUUUUAAAUUUUGGGGGUUUGUUUCUCCUCCCGUUUCUCCCUCCCCAGUCCUGAGUGUUGUGGGGUUUUUUUUUUCCUUCUUCUUUUUGUUGUAUUUUUUUGUUUUUCUGCCCAGAAAAUCCUGACUUCGAUACCAAAAAAAAAAAAGAAAAAAAAAAAAACAA